CUCAUCACUCUCAUCCGAUGUACAUGAUGAAACAUGUUUAAUAAUAUCAUUAAGUUAACAUUAUGGUUAAGAUUAACCAUAAAUAUAAUUCUUUGUUCGCAUAAACUUGCUGGAUAUGAACCAAGUAGGCAAGUAACCCCAAAUCCUGAACGUACAAGGUGACACAAUUGGAUACCUUCAAGAGCCCGAUUUAAAUCUAUUUUCCUCAGAAUUGUUAUCUUCGUAAAAUGAUUCAGUUCGUUGUUCUUAUUAAUCGGCAAGGGAAGGUUAGGUUAACAAAAUGGUAUUCACCUUAUGCUCAGAAAGAAAGAACUAAGGUUCUACGAGAGCUGAGUGGAUUGGUUUUAAAUCGAGGUCCAAAGCUCUGCAACUUUGUGGAUUGGAGAGGAUUGAAGGUUGUUUAUAGAAGAUAUGCUAGUUUGUAUUUCUGCAUGUGCAUUGAUCAGGAGGACAAUGAACUUGAGGUCCUUGAAAUUAUCCAUCACUUUGUUGAGGUUCUCGAUCGCUAUUUUGGCAGUGUCUGUGAAUUGGAUUUGAUUUUCAACUUUCACAAGGCAUACUACAUACUUGACGAGAUUUUAAUAGCUGGUGAGCUGCAAGAGUCGAGCAAGAAAACAGUUGCACGGCUAAUUGCUGCACAGGAUUCACUAGUUGAGGUUGCUAAAGAACAAGAAAGCUCAAUCAGCAAUAUAAUUGCACAGGCCACUAAGUAGGCUGCUCUCACUUAUGAGUCUCAAAAUCAAGUGACCAGAUAUAAUGAGGCCAAGAUCCCGGGAAGUUGUCAUUUUGGGAAAACUUCUUCUGUAGUGUAUGUAACUGUUGCGGAAAGUUUUGUUGUGAGGUGGGUGGUUCCUCAUGUGAUCUAAACUUGCACUGUAUGUUUGCCUUCAUAUUUGAGGCAUUUUCAGUUUUGUUACUCUUUCAAUGUUAAAUAGCGCAUGCAGUGUUCUUGUAUGGAUUUGUCGUCCUUGUCCGCAAUUUUUCUUGAUGCAGACAACUUAUUUGCUGAAUUUAAAAAUAUUGACAUUGGGUUUUCUGGA